AUGCCCCGCAGGGGAGUCGUGGCCAGUUUACGGGGCACGGAAGGUGACACUGAGGCUCUGACCCAGUUCCUAGGGCUCUCCUCCAAGCUCAACCCACUGGCUACCACCGUCGCCAACGCCGGGUUGGGAGCCAUCUCCGUGUCCGUGUACUCUCUCUUCAAGACGGCCGUCAUCUUCAACAGGUCCAAAAAUCCAGAGCCAUGGGAGAACGUGGAUCCUACCCAGCCUCAAAAGUUAGUCUCGAUUAACCAGCAGUGGAAACCCAUCGAGGAACUGCAGAACGUGAGAAGGCUGACCAAGUGACCAAGAGACCAAGCCACCAGCCCCCACCCCCUGGGAAUCCAGAGGAAUCACCUCUGCGCAAAUUCACCUUCCGAACCAGUGCAUGGAGAUACUUCCGCUGCAUUCUCGGGGUCAUCCCCCAA